CACGCGACGCUUGUUGCUCGCCAUGUCCGUUGCUUAAACUCAGCUCGCUGUUCACUUUAUUUUUGUUGUGGUGCUGCGCUGCUGCCGGCGGAGGCGGUCGCGUCUCAUCUGAGUUCAAAAUAAUACAAAGUUUUCAGAACCCCAAAUGAGUGAUGAGGAAGGGGAGGAGAAGAAGGGCAAAGGAGGCUCUGAUGAGAAGAAGGCCGAGGUGAGGCCCGAAACGGCAUUCAUAACUAACGAUGGCGACACCGGAGUAGAGGAUGGGAGAACGCCCACACCCACCAUUCCAAGCGCCACUGCAACGCCUGAUGCGGAAGCUGUUGAGGAGGAGCCCAAAGAGAUAGCCGCAGCACAGAGUGAAACCAAAGCAGUUAAUGAUGAUGAAAGCCAACCCCAGGUAAAGGAUACAGAAGUCCAGAAGGUAAAUGAAAGCCAACCCCAGAUAAAGGAUGCCGCCAAGAAAGACGAUGAAAGCAAACCCCAAGCAAAAGAUGAAGAAGCCAUGAAGAAGGACAAAAGCGAAUCCCAUCAGGACUUUGCCGCCUACGCUGAGCAUGUGACCUAUGCUGAGAAUGGCGAUGCCAUCUACACGGACCCCAGCAGCAAGCAGGAGUACAAAUGGUGCAACAUUAAAAACAGCUGGCUGCCGAUGAGUGGCAAUGGGGAGGAUCCGUACGAGAACGAGUUCUACAAGUGGUGCGAUGAGACAAGCCAGUGGCUGCCCAAGACGCAGACGGAGACGGAGCACUACAGGUGGGAUGAGGAGCAGCACACGUGGGUGCUCAAGCAGCAGCCGGGUCAAGAUGCCGUCUACAAGCUGGAUGAAAAGGGCGAACGCACCUACACGGAUAAAGAUGGGACUGUCUACUUGUGGGAUGCUGAGAAGUCGGCCUGGUUUCCGAAGAUCGAUGACGAUUUCAUGGCGCAGUACCAAAUGAACUACGGCUUCAUUGACAACACGAGUGCCGGGGAGAAGGAGAAGGCCGACAAAGAGAUAGCCGAGGCGAAGCGCAAAGAGGAGGAACUCAAGCGAAUGACGGCCGAGGCAGAGGCGGCCAUGGCCAGAGACGAAUCUGGUGUAGGACCUGCAGCAUCCUUGGGCAAGCGAAAGGCCCCAGAGCCACCAAAAUGGUUUGAGAUGGAUCCCUCGCAGAACACCAAGGUUUAUGUGGACAAUCUCCCGCUGGACAUCACCAAGGAGGAGUUCGCGGAGCUGAUGGGCAAGUGCGGCAUGGUCAUGCGGGACCCGAAGACGCAGCAGCCCAAACUGAAGCUCUACACGGAGGCGGAUGGUCAAUUCAAGGGCGAUGGCCUCUGCGACUACAUUAAGGUGGAGUCUGUUCAUCUGGCGCUGAAGAUCCUCGAUGAUUAUGACUUGCGGGGCCACAAGAUUCGCGUGCAGCGCGCCCAGUUCCAGAUGCGCGGCGAAUACAAUCCCGCGCUCAAGCCCAAGCGCAAGAAGAAGGACAAGGAGAAAAUGCAGAAAAUGAAAGAAAAAUUAUUCGAUUGGCGUCCGGACAAGAUGCGCGGCGAGCGCUCGAAGCAUGAAAAGACGGUUAUCCUCAAGAAUCUCUUUACCCCAGAGCUCUUUGAGAAGGAGGUGGAGCUCAUCCUGGAGUAUCAGAACAACUUGCGGGAGGAGUGCGGCAAGUGCGGAAUGGUCCGCAAAGUGGUCAUCUAUGAUCGCCAUCCAGAGGGCAUUGCUCAGAUCAACAUGUCCUCCCCGGAGGAGGCCGAUCUGGUCAUUCAAAUGAUGCAGGGACGCUUCUUUGGCCAGCGCCAACUGACCGCUGACCACUGGGAUGGCCAGACCAAGUACAAGAUUGAUGAGUCGGCUGUGGAGGCACACCAGCGCCUGUCCAAGUGGGACGAGUACUUGGCGGCCGAGGAGGCGGAUAAACAGGAUAAGCAGGAUAAACAGAAUGCAGGAGGGGAGAGUGCAAGUGCUUAGGGCUAGCGAUGAACCGUGGCCUUACCUGCGAUCCUUGUCGUUGCGAUCUAUUAUCUCCAGGACCACCUCAUUAGCCCGCUCGUUGGGAUAUGUGGCGUUCCAGCGAUUAUAGAUCUUGUAGCGGUUGGCCUCGCUCACCUUCGGCAUCUUGUGCUGGCAGAUGAACCGCAGCUUGUCCGGGCAGGAGCGCGCCGACCAGCGGUACUUCAGGCUCGGAUCGUAGACGGCGCAGUUGUUGUCGUUGGGCUGGCUGUUGGAGAUAAGUUGCACAUAGCUAGAAUUGUUGCUUAAGCGUUAAAUCAAUGGAAAUAAAGAAGGAAAGGACAGAGCAUCUGAA